GAGAAAUAUCUCCGGGACUGAAAAGAAAGUAGUUGAGCAAUAAAUUGUGGAGUCAUUGUGUUUUAAAUGUAUAGAUAGGGCAAGCCAAGUACUUCUGACCAGCUUUUUAAUGCACCUUUAUUGCCUUCAGAAACAAUACUAUGAAUUUACAUAUAUUUUCAUGCAAGUAAUCCUUUGUUUUUUCUUUGGGUCACAUGCAAGUAAGUAGCUCUGCAUCUUGAAAUAAUCAAAGAAGUAAUGAGUGGAGUGGGUACUUGGUCAUAUGGACUUAACUUAUGUAACUUAACUUAUGUAACAUGUAACUUGGUUAGUUACUAGAUUAGAAUUAUAGUCUCAUAUUUUAACUGAACCUGAAAAUUUACAUAUGACGUAAUUCUACAUUGAAUUAACAUCCGUGGAAUGUAUUUACCCACCAAAUAAGCAUGUCAUUGGUCAGUCAGAAUCAUAGGAACAAUAGUCUUAGAAAAUACAAAAAUGAGUCUAGCCGUGUAGAAGAGAAAGCAAACAAAUUGUAAUAACAAAAACUUUCUACUUGGUUGGAUUAUCAGGCAGUAUGAACAAAUGGAUAAAAGAAAAGAUUGGAAGAACAAUUUUCUAAAAAAAGUCAUGAAAAUCCACUUAUAACAAUAAUAAAGUUCUCAGACCACUGUAUCAGAGUGGGACACCACAUCAAAUCCACAUUAAAAUCAAACAACCGUAAAGAAGCACUAUCUUCUUCUUCUUUUUUAAUUCCCUCAAACGCCAUAUUGCUAGAUUUUUGCUAAUCUCUUCUUCCUAGUUAAUCUAAGAUAUAUCACAGUUAGGUUAACAAUAGAAUAAUAUCCUCAAUUACCCAAAUCUAGUACCUGCAUACUAUCUAAUUCAGAACCAAAGUAUCAUUGAUAUAGAAAUAAUAAUACUCCAGGAUGGGAUUGUUUCCAAGUUAGCAAUUAUUAUGAUUAAUUAUUGUUAAUUUUGGAUCGUCGUAUGUGUCUGCAUCAGAUUAUUAAAAAAAAAAACAGUGACGUGGCAAUUAGUCUUCUGAACACCGUUUACUUUAGUCAACUCGGGCAUGCUCAUUUACGUUAAACCUUUCACUGAGAAACUCUGUUUCAGAGUCUUUCUUUGUUUUUUUACCAAAACAACCAUGCGAUUCGCGGCACCACCCCCGCGCUCCGGCGAUAUCUCACCUUCUCCUUCGCCAGCUGCUUCACCGUCUCUUUCACCGUAUUCAGGAGUACCAGAGGAGAUUCUUUCUCCUUCCUCUGAUCCUCCUUUACAGUUUAGCCCCCCUUUGAUCGCCAUGGUGGUGGUUUUAGCCGCCGCUUUUCUUUUCGUGACCUACUCUCGCCUCAUCUCCCGCCGAUUCCUCUCGCCUCUCUUCCGCCGCUUCCGACGGUGGCGACAUCGUCGGCGCCGUCUCCUCCACCUAUCCUCUGCUUCAAACUCAUCCUCCGAUCUCCGAUCCUUUUCCCCUUUCCCUUUCGACUCUUUUCACUACUCCUCCUACUCACCUUACGGACUAGACGAGUCAGUCAUCAAAACGCUGCCUCUGUUUCUCUACUCCGCCGCCGCUUGCACCGGGAAGAGCCUUUCUCCUGCCACCGCGGUGGGGAAAACUCCCGCCGCCGUGGACUGCGCCGUUUGUUUGUUGGAGUUCGAGGAAGGAGAUUACGUGCGGACGCUUCCGUUGUGCUUCCAUGCUUUCCACCUUGAGUGCAUCGACGAGUGGCUCCGAUCUCACCCUAACUGUCCUCUCUGCCGCACUGCGAUUCUCCGAUCCGGCGUCGUUGCGACUACCUCGCCGUUCGUUCCCUUGAUGGCUCCUAGAAUCCGUCCAAGCCUCGAUGAAGAGAGUGACGCGAUCGUCAUCCGCACCGAAACUCCGCCGCGGAGUAAUAAUAAUUUAAACGCAACCGCGACGGUUACAGACGAUCAGGAGAUCACAGCGGCGGCGGUGGAAGAUCAAUCACCGGCAAUUUCUAGAUUCAGGGAGCUGAAGAGAUCUUACUCGUUCGAUUACGAUAGGGAGGAAUCAGCAUCAGAGAGAGUGACGAUGGAGCCAGCGACGGUUUCUCCGUGGAGAUACCGGAGAUCCACGUGGAUCAAGCAGCGUCAAUCUCCGUUCGGAAACCUGAAAUCGAGAGUGUUCUCGUUACGUUACCACAGAAGUACGAAAUCGCCGUUUUCGCGGCGGCGAUCGGGAGUGUUCUUCCCGAUAUCGGAGCGGAUUCCGGCGACGGGAAGCUCAUCGUCGCGGCGGACGAAAUCGAUGACGAGUCCGAGGUUCUUUAGAACGGCACCGCACUCGUCGAGCCGGUUAAGAUGCGGAGAUCCAGAGGCGUUGUUAUCGCCGGAGAGGUGGAGGAGGAGGGACACGUGUAGGGUAGAUAUGUAAGAUGAAAAUGGACGGUGGGGAUGAAAGGAAGAAAAAUUGAAGUGGAAGGAGGGAGCAUUAAUGGAAUGUGGGGUUUGGCAUUAAAUGGAAUUAAAAUCGACGAAACAUGCCAGACGGUGAAAGUAUUGGAGCUGGUACGACGACGUUUUAACUGUUUUUUUUUUUUUUUUCUGUUUAGUUGUAUAGUAUUGUCCUUGGAGUUAUCAAAUGCAUUAACUUCCAAAUCUGCCGAAGUUAUUAUAGAAACGAAGUCAACAAAACCACACUAGAUUUCGUUUCUAUAAUAACUUUCUUUUGUCGGUCGCGCUUAUUGCUUUUUUUUCAAUUACGGAAUUUUAUGUUUGCUAAACUUUUUGUUCAUAUUACUAAUUUUAUAUUAAGCUGUCGAUUAAAUUUGACAAUAAACAACUGAUUAUUUUGUUACACUAUGGAGAAUGAUGUUCACAUUUUAUCAGGUGUGGAUCUAUUGCAUCAUUGUUGUCCUUAGAGGGUAUAUAUAGCUGCCAAAAGUUUUUGAUACAUGUUAUAUUAGUCAAAAGACUCAAAAAAUGUGAUAAUAUCUUCGGAUAAAAAGAAAAUUUUUUAUUAUUGAAUUUUUCAAAUUACAUUAGAAUUACAAGAAAACAAUACAAACCUUCAAUUUUAACGAUGAUAAAUUCGCAUGUUUAGACCAAAUAAAAAUGACUAAAUAACUAGCAUAGAGAAUGGAAGAUGCAAAGCCUUGUAUAAUAGGAACAUAUUAUAAGAAAACAUGGACUCAGAAUAUAUAUAUUAUCAAGUUGUUUGAAUGAGAAUGGGUUAUCGAAUAUGAGUAUUUGAACAGAAGAAAAACGAAGAAGUCAGAAGGCAAGAUGAAUCUUGUAUUACUCAGCUCACUGAUUCAUACCUGUAAAAAUGAAUUUCCCCAUCUUUCUCUCAUUUGUAAAAAAAAAAA